AUGGCAUGUGAAUCUGCAAAAGAAGCUUGGGACAAGUUAAGACUAGAGUUCCAAGGAAGUCAUAAAACAAAGCAAAUGCAGAUCUUCAACUUAAGGAAGGAGUUUGAGCUGCUCAGACUGAAGGAAACUGAGAAGGUGAAAGAUUAUAUUGACAGGGUUAUGAAGAUUGUUAAUCAAAUCAGGUUGUUGGGGGAAGAAUUUGAAGAAAAGAGAAUUGUGCAGAAGCCAAUGCUCUUCAAGCCGUGGAGCAAAGAAAAACUUUUAGAGAGGAGGAGAGUUCAAGUGAAAGUGCUCUUGGCAUCUCAAAAGUCUAAGACUCAGUCUGAUGGUGGAUUUAAAAAGCAAUCAGGUGGAAAAAGAGGUAAAGAGAAAAAGGAUCAGCAGAACAGUAGAAGGAAAUACAGAAAAUACAAGUUUCCACUUUGUCCUCAUUACAAGAAAACCAAUCAUACUGAAAAUUAUUAUUGGUGCAGGCUAAGAGUUCAUUGCAGGUCCUAUAAGCAAUUUGGUCAUGUGGAUAAGCAGCUCAAGAUUCUGAUGUGUGGCUCAUUGAUAGUGGAUGCACACAUCAUGACUGCAAAUUUGAAGAAUUUUAAAUGCUUGGAUGGAGAAUAUUCUUCCAAAGUCAGACUUGGUGAUGGCAGACUGUGGGAGUAA